AUGAGAGCUCGUUGGGUGCUCUUGUUGAGCAUCGUUGGGUUGAUUGAGGCGGAUCUCUUCACAUCCACCGCCGAUCUACAAGGAUUGCUCGAAACGGAAAAGAAUGUGCCGCAUGCGCUUUUGAAGUACAUCGAACAAGAGGAGGAGAGGCUCGAGAAUUUGAAAAAAUUGGUGAAGGAGUACGAGGCGCGUAAUGAGAACAACAUCGAGACCGGUGCCGCCGAUUUGGCCAAUCCCAUCAACGCCUUUUUAAUCAUUAAAAAAAAGAUCUUUGAUUGGAGGAAAAUCGAGAAUGAAAUGACAAACAACGGUGCCGAGGAGUUCAUUCAAUCGGUGGCUGAUGCCAAUUAUGGAAUUCGAUAUCCAACUCAGGAGGAUUACACGGGUGCGGCGAUCGGUUUGAUGCGUUUACAAGACACGUAUCGAUUGGACACGAGGGAACUCGCUGACGGAAAAAUUCAAGGAAUGAAGGGAAAUCAUACGCUUUCUGCAUUUGAUUGCUUCGAAAUUGCGAGAGCCGCCUAUAAUGCUGAGGAUUACUACCACGUGAUUCUUUGGAUGGAGGAAGCCAAACGGAGAAAUGAGCUGGAGAGCCCACCAACUGCUGAUGAAGGUGAUAUUCUUGAGUAUCUAUCAUUUGCAAUGUACAAGCAAGGAAAUUUGAAACAAGCUCUCCGACUUGUCGAAGAUCUAUUCAAGAAACAACCGAAUCAUCCAAGAGCAAAGGGGAAUAUUAAAUGGUAUGAGGAUCUGCUGGCAGAGGAAGGCGUUCGAAGGAGUGAGAUGAGAAAGAACCUGGGAACUCCAAUGAAUCGACGACCAUCCGAUGGAAUGGGAACCACCGAGAGGAACACCUAUGAAGCGUUGUGCAGAAAUGAGAUCCCAGUGAGCCCGAAAGAAACUGUGAAAUUGUAUUGCUACUACAAAAUGGAUCGACCAUUUUUGAGAUUAGCGCCAUUCAAGGUGGAAAUCAUUCGCUUCAACCCGAUGGCCGUGCUUUUUAGAGGAGUUUUGCUUGACGAUGAGAUUACAGCAAUCAAAUCUUAUGCUCAGCCAAAGCUUGCUCGAGCUACGGUUCAAAACUCGGUGACAGGACAAUUGGAAACGGCCAGUUACCGGAUUUCAAAGAGUGCUUGGCUGAGAGAAGAAGAAUAUCCAAUUGUGGAACGAGUGAAUAAACGGCUCGAGUUGAUGACAAAUCUUGACAUGGACACCGCUGAAGAGUUGCAGAUUGCAAAUUAUGGAAUUGGUGGUCAUUAUGAUCCUCAUUUUGAUCACGCGAGAAAAGAAGAGAGAAAAGCCUUUGAGAGUCUUGGAACUGGUAACCGAAUCGCUACCGUACUCUUCUAUAUGUCUCAGCCAUCACUUGGUGGAGCCACUGUGUUCACCGAAGUCAAAUCAACCAUGUUUCCUUCAAAGAACGAUGCUCUAUUUUGGUAUAAUUUGCAUAGGAAUGGUGAGGGUGAUGAUCGAACGAGACACGCUGCUUGUCCGGUCUUGGUUGGAAUAAAGUGGGUGUCGAACAAAUGGAUCCACGAAUCACAGCAGGAGUUCCGUCGACCAUGUGGCCUUCGUUUAAGUGAUGCUGAACGAUAUGUGGGUGAUUUGGGCGGUCCUGAGCCCCGUUUUGCUCCCAAUAUCCGCUCGACACCUUGGACGUACAAGCCAAAGAAAUCAAAUAAGAGAAAA